AUGCUGCUGGAGGAGCUGCUCCGCUGCCAGAUCCAGGAGUGGUACCCGGCGUUCCGGCGCCACACGGUCCCCACCGCCAUCAUCCCGCUCCCGGCUGCCUUCCUCCGCUACCUCGCCGGCCGGACCGCCUACCCCGACCCCGACGAGGGCGAUCAGGGGCCGCUCCCCUUCGUCCUCCCGACGCUCACCUCCGGCCGCGCGCCCUUCCCGCCGCUCCAGGGCCACUUCCCGGACCCCGUCUCCCUCCUCGACCGCGACAACACCGACCCCCUCUUCGGCGACUCCGACUCCGACGACGAGGGCGAGGGCCUGCUCCCGCCCGCGUUCCCGGAGCUCGAGGCCGCGGUGGACGCCGCCAUCGCCGACCUCGGCGGGGCCGCGCUCCCCAAGCUCAACUGGAGCGCGCCCAAGGACGCCGUCUUCAUGGCCGCCGACGGCACCGUCCGCUGCACCUGCUUCGCCGAGGUCGCCAUGCUGCUCCGCGCCUCCGACUGCGUCGCCCACGACCUCGUCUCCGCGCGCCCCUCCUGCCAGGACUUCGUGCGCGCCAACCGUGUUCGACGGAAUGCCGCAGAGGGUAGUCUGAGUGACCCUGGUGAGAACUGCAGCGAGGUAGGUGCCCGCGGCGGUGGGAGUGAUGCGCCGGAAGAGGAUGCUGAGCAAGAAAGCAGUGAUGAUGCCCGCGGCGGUGGGAGUGAUGCGCCGGAAGAGGAUGCUGAGCAAGAAAGCAGUGAUGAUGAUGAGACUUGGGUGGACGACGGGUUCCAGUACUACCUCGCGCUCCGCAAGUGGUACCCAGGCCUCCGCCCCGAGUCGGAGUUCCGCUGCUUUGUGCGGGGGCGGAAGCUGGUCGGUGUGUCGCAGAGGGACCCGUCUGCCUACUACCCUUCUCUGCCUGGGUGGAGCGCUGAGGUACAGCCCAAGAUCGAGGAUUUCUUCGAAGAAUUCAUCGAGCCACAGUUUGCUUCAGAGAAUUACACGUUUGAUGUGUAUGUGAGAGCCGAUGGUCGGGUGAAGCUGAUCGACUUCAAUCCUUGGGGCGGCUAUACCCUGCCGCUGCUGUUCACAUGGGAGGAGCUUGAGGAGGAGCAGAGAGCAGAGGACGAGCUGGAGUUUCGAGUGGUGAUGCAGCAGGGUGCGGUGAGGCCAGGGUUAAUGACAGCAAUUCCGUAUGAUAUGCUGGAUUGGGGGGAUGGCAGUGGCUGGGAUGUGUUUCUGAAGAAGGCUGGCAAUGAGCUCGACAGACAGAUGGCAUCAUUAGGUGUGGAUUCGUAG